UAAGGUUGCCGCUCACCUGCCAGCUCUUGCCCUGUUGGCCUGACACGCACGGAGACCAUGGGUAGCCUCAAGGGACACCUGCUACCAGCGAUGUUCUUCCUCGUCUUCUCACUCUACUACGCAGUGCUGGUAUCCUUGGCCCUGCUACGGGGACAGAGGUUCCUCAGGCCUCCUCUGCCCCCAAGGGAGAAGCGAGGACACAGGUGGUGGCAGCGGAUACCUAUGGAAGGGGUAGUGAAGAUCGUCGCCUGCCUGAUGGGCAUUAUUCCCGAAUUCUUCUACCCCCUAGGAGUCAACCGGAUGAAGGUGAUAGACUGGGAGGACCCUCAGCGGCCGUUCUUAUUCCAGAACAACUGGCAGCAUAUCACCAUGUACAGUUUCUUCCUGCUCAGUGGCAUGGUGGACAUCGUGAGCCGGUCGUGCCAGGCACAGCAGAAUAUCAAGCUGGAGCGAGCAGCCGAGGCGCUGGCCUUCUGUGUGCUGGCGCUGCUGAUGGCAGCACACAUUGAGAACAAGAGUGCCCUGGAGAUCCGCGUGCACAUCCUGUUCAUAGUGCCCACCUUCCUGGUCGGCCUGGUACUCACCAUCGAGGUCUGGGUGCCUGACCAGCCCCAACUCUGGGUGCUCAAGACCUGGAUGGGGCUGGUGCUCAGCAACUGGCUGCUGCAGCUCUGCCUGAUAAUGUACAUUCCUCCCUCCGGGCAGCCCUGGAGAGCAGAAAGUCCUGUGGACCUUGCCUUUCUCACCAUCUUCUUCUGCUGGCACCUGGGCUUAGCGGCUGCCAUGCUGGCCGCUGUCUAUGGCAUCUGCAGCCUAUGGCAUCACCACUGCUCCUCCGGGAUAGGGGCCUCAGGUGCCAAGUACCAGCCAUGCCCCACAGACUACAGCAGUGAAGAGCUCGAGAAACUCGGGACAGGAGCCGAGCUGCAGGGUGGUGUUAAGGUUUAGAAUCUGUCUUUGUGCUAGCCUUUUAUGAAUGUUUUGAGGGUGGCCAUUGUGUGCAUAAUAUGGCAACGUCCUGGCAUCUACAAUGUGGCUUUUCAUCACAGGAGUCAUCUUCAUUGUUUGUAAACUUUCCAGCUCAUAGAAUCACUUCUAUCACUCUGUUCUCUCCAGGUCUGUCUCUUUCCUGUCUCACUAUGUUCUUGGUUCCUGGACAUGAACUUCCAUGAAGUGAGAACAAGGAGUGGUGCUUUUUUCUGAUAGCUUUUGGGACUCAAGAGAAGGAAAUGAAAUGAGGACAUUGAGGGAGAUGAAGUGUUGCUGGGGACUCAGGUAGGGUUCUAU